GUCCUCUCCGUGAUGGUGGGCUCUAAGCCCUGCGUGUCCAAGUUAGACGUCAAGUUUAUAGUUGUACGUCUAACUUGUGCGCAUAAGAUCAUCAUGGGUAGGUCGGCCCUCGAGGACCUCAGAUUUGUGAUAUCUCAGGAGCACCUAUGCAUGAAGUUGCUCACUCCGAAUGGCGUUGGAGUUGCCCGAGGAGACCAGCGGAUGGUGAGGAGCUGCUAUCUGAAAGCUUGCAAAAAAAUCGGUCAGAAAUACUUGAGGGUCCACACCAUCAACAACAAAGCCAUGAAGUAUGAGGAGGGUCAGCUCCGCGCUGAACCCACCUCAGAAGUGGAGGAAAUCCAAAUUGACCCCAAGAGGUUGGAGCGGAGAGUCAAGAUCGAAACCUGGCUCCCGGUCGGCUUGAGGGAGAAGAUCAUCUAGGUCCUUGUCCUUUAUAGCGUCGUAUUUGCAUGGAGACCGGAGGACAUACCCGGCCUCGACCAAAGCAUCGUUGUCCAUCGGCUGUCGGUCGAUCCAACAGCGAAACCCGUCCGGCAGAAAAGAAGACACCUCUCAAUCGAGAGGAGGGAAUUCGUGAAGAAGGAGGUCAAUAUGCUCCUAAGUAUCAAACACAUUCAGGAGGUCCUAUACCCGGUUUGGCCGGAAAACGUGGUCCUGGCCCCGAAGCCGCCAACCUGGAGGAUGUGUGUUGACUACACCGAUCUCAACAAGGCAUGUCCGAUGGAUCCAUUCCCAUUGCCUAACAUCAACCAAUUGGUCGAUGGGACAGACGGAUGUGAGCUCCUUAGCUUUAUGGACGCUUUUCGAGGAUACCACCAGAUUUUCAUGCAUGAAGACGAUGCAGAGAAGACCUCGUUCGUCACCCCAGAGGGGAUUUUUUGUUAUCUUGUCAUGGCCUUCGGUCUGAAGAAUUCUGGGGAGACAUACACGAGGAUGGUGGCCAAGGUAUUUCGUAAGGUGCUUGGAAGGAACGUGGAGGCUUAUUUUGACGACAUGAUCGUCAAGAGCACCCGGAAAUACGAUCAUGCAGAUGACCUGGCGGAGAUCUUCGGGAUAAUGAAGGCAGUCCGUCUACGCCUGAACCCGAAGAAAUGUACCUUUGUCGUCCAAUGAGGCAAGUUCCUGGGGGAAAUGGUCACACGGAGGGGGAUUGAGCCAAAUCCCGAGAAGGUAAGGGCAAUACUUGACAUGGAACCUUCGAGAUCGGUGAAAGAAGUCCAAAUUCUCACCGGUCGGCUAGCAGCCCUCGGACGCUUCAUGUCCAAGUCCGCCGAGAAGUCCCUACCCUUCUUCCAGGUCCUAAAAAACAGAACAGUUUCAUUUGGAAUGAUGAAUGUCAGCAAGCCUUUGAGGACUUGAAGAAGUACCUCCUCUCUAAGCCUUUACUCAGCAAGCCGGAGAGGGGAGAGACACUGAUCCUUUAUCUCGGAGUCUCCCAAGGCGCAAUCAGUUCCGUGCUGGUUCGCGAGGAGGAAGGCGUUCAGCAUCCCGUCUACUAUGUAAGCAAGACCCUCCAGAAUGCUGAACUCCGGUACACCCCGCUCGAGAAGACAAUAUAUGUCGCCUACAUCACUGCCAAGAAGUUGACACACUACUUCCAGGCACACCCGAUCCGAAUCCUAUCAGACCAACCUUUGGGUGCCGCUGUGAGGGCGCCCGGUACAACCCGGGUGGUGAAGUGGUUGAUGCUCCUCAACCAAUAUGAGGUUGACUUCCAGCCUCGGACGUCCAUCAAAGGCCAGGCUCUAGCUGAUUUCAUCGUGGAGUGCACAGCCCGAGAGGUGACGGAAAAGCAACAGGAGAGGAACGAGCAGUGGUGGACCCUAGCGAUUGACGGGUCAACCGGAGCAAAGGGAUGUGGGGGCGGAAUCGUCCUCAUCUCACCUGAGGGAUUCCGGGCCUACUAUGCCUACCGCUAUCUUUUCAAAGUCUCCAACAAUGAAGUGGAGUAUGAGGCCCUACUGUCCAGGCUACGACUAGCAGCCACCAUGGGAGCAGAAUGGAUAACGGUGAAAUGUGACUCCCGACUGGUCGUUUCCUAGGUCAAAGGUGAGUUCGAAGCGAAAGAAGAAAGAAUGAUGAAGUACCAAGAUGUUGUUCGGGAGUUGCUCAGGCUGUUUAAACAAGCAUAAUUGGUCUGUGUUCCGAGGAAUCAAAACUCAGACGUUGACCUCCUCUCGAAGCUAUCUCAGGGGCUGUCUGAACACAUAUCGAGAAUCGCACGCAUUGAGGAGAUGACGACCUCGAGCAUAGCAGCCUCACUGUCUAUCGAUGUCUUUCCCCUGCAACCGGUCGCUUGGUGCUGGGUGGAUGACCUCCUGCGCUACAUAGCCGACAGGACGCUCCCCGAUGAAGAAGAGGAGGCAAGGCUAGUCCGGUGACGAGCUCCGGGCUACAUCGUCUUAGACGGGAAGCUAUACAAGAGGUCCUACAAUGGGACCCUACUUAAGUGUUUGCGCCCACACGAGGCAGACAUGAUCGUCUUUGAACUCCAUGGGGGAGUGUGCUCCGUACACUAGGGAGCAUGCACUAUAGCUAGGAAGGUCGUCCUCCAAAGGUACUUUUGGCCGACAAUAAUGAAGGACUGCGCCAACUAUGCAAGAAAAUGUGAGACAUGUCAGAAGUUCCAGAAGAGCCCCGGACGGCCAGCAACGAUGUACACACCGAUCAGCAUCGCCCUUCCAUUCACAAGAUGGGGCGUUGACCUGGUCGGUCCCUUGCCAACCGGGUCGGGAAACCGAAAGUUUUUCAUCGUCGCAGUGGACUACUUUACGAAGUGGGUUGAGGCUGAGCCGCUUGCGAGCAUCACACAUCUCCAAUGUAAGAAGUUCAUAUGGAAGAAUAUUUUUGCCGGUUUGGGGUUCCCCUCCAAAUAAUCUCCGACAACGGAAGGCAGUUUGACUGCGAAGCCUUCCGACAAUUCUGCGCGGAGUGGGGUGUGGAAUCUAGUCGGGUUACGGUCUACUACCCUCAGGCAAAUGGACAGGUGGAGAACACCAACUGAACGAUCUUCGAUGGAUUGAAAAAGAAGUUGGAAGCCCUUGAGACUGCUUGGGUGGAAGAGUUGAACAAUAUACUCUGGACCUUCAGAACAACCCCAAGGAAGGCAACCAGAGAGACCCCAUUCGCCUUGUGUUAUGGCUUUGAGGCGAGGGCACCGUUCGAGGUUGUAGUCCCUAGCUUACGAGUGGAGGAGUUUGAACCAACCAGCAAUGAGGAGAGGCUCCGAGCCGAGCUCCACCCCAUUGAGGAGAGAAGAGAGCGUGCCUUCAUCAAAGUAGAAAAAUAUCGACGACGAGUCAAGGCAUACCAGGACAGCCGAGCCCGGCCUCAGAAUUUUGACGUUGGUGAUUACGUCUUUAGGCGUAGGAAGGCCAGCAAGCCGACAGAGGGACGUAAGCUUUCCAUCAAGUGGGAAGGCCCUUACGUGGUUGACGUUGUGAUCGGCCCUGGAACAUACAAAUUGAAGACAACAACAGGCCGACUAGUAGACCGCGUCUGGAAUGCCGAGCACCUGAUGAAGUUUUACAAGUAGAGAAUCGAAGUUUCACUUUUCUUUGUAAACUCCUGUGCUCCGAGCACGAGAUUACAAUUUGUAAUUCUUCAUGUGGUCCGCCCACAUCAUGAAUUCAAUAUACUUUGCUUGCAAUAUUUUGUCUUCCAAAAGAGGUUCUACCUCACUUAGCAAUAAAGGGCGGCGGCAAAAAAAGGGUACUAUGCCCCCUCGGUGUUUGGCCGACCUCGGCUAGGCUCUUGAACUGAAAAUAGCCAAGCGAUUUUCGAGAAUCCGAGCAAUUUUCUAAAGUAAAGAGCUAGCCGCGACAGUCGAGGUGACAGUAGGGCCGACCUCCAGGUCGAGGGUGCUCAGGAUGCUGACCUCCGGGUCCAUUCGAGUGCUCACCGCCUAACAUUGCUGGCCAAGCAUCUCGCACUCUCGCCAUCCCUGAGUUGGCGGUGUGGGUCUGUUCUGGUGGAUCAUGCAGGGUCCGUCCCUGUUGUUUGGCUAUCCCUGCGGGAGUAACCAGAUUAUUCCCCCAAGUCCGGGCAAACUGGAUGGGUUAAAGUGACAGUAGGACUGACCCUCGGGUCAUGAACGUUCAGGAUACCGACCUAAGGGUCCUCCUCGUAGGUUCAAUGUCCGACCUUACUGGCUGAACAAGUCGCAUAAUUGUUGAUUCCAUAUCAAUAGAGAACAUAUCACUUCUAUCCAACCAGGAGGGACACGGAAAGGCCCGGCCACGCCAGUCACCAGCCUAACCUCCCCCGGGAGGUUAGAGAAGCCGGAUCCCCGAAUAAAUUGCUAAGUAUUCGUAAUGCAAAGUAUAGAAAAAGAAACAUAUGAACUCAAAAUUAUUUCAAUCAGAUCUUACAUUAAUCAACUUCAUGCUACACAAAAAGAUGGACAAGAGUCAUGACCGGGUGUCCCAUAGCCAUCAAGUACAAUGAUCCAGGCAUGGGAGUUACUAGAAACCUCAAGAAAAUCUAUCGGAAUUCAUUGCGGCAUUGUCCUAGCUAGAUGGUCAUCCUCUUCAAGACAGAUGAUCGCCAAGUUGAAUGGAGUUAUCUCUUUCUCAUCACAUUUUUUCAAGAACAUGUGAACACGUAGUGGAGCCCUGAAGCUUUGCAUGUGCCUAGCCGCCUAGCCGCCCGGCCACCUAGCCGCCCGGCUGCCCGGCCGCCCGACCACCUAGCUGCUUGCGACCAUGACCUUAGCCUUGUCAGAAUCGUGAAGGAGCUUUCCCUGUAAACAACGAGCAGUCCAAGAUGCUCCCUCACCUUGAAUCAAGUCUACAAAGACAAAAAAAAAAGAAAAAGAGAAAUAGCAAAAAAGUCAACCCACAGACUAACAUGGAGUGCAUCAACAAAGGGAGCACCCGCCCUAGCAGCCUAGUGGGUAGUUGCCGACUUCCUCAGCAACGCCUUCCGGCAGAGGGGCGGCCUUCAGUCGCCAACCAACACUAUCCAGCCAAGGUGAAGCCGAGCACCGAAGGAACUGCUCACGUGGGGCGCCGGGCAGCAUCCUGCAACAAACCACCUUCGAGCUCAUCGUGGGAAAGCUAGGUGCCUACCCAACUUCAGCCUUCAAAACCAGGGAAUGCCCAGUCUAGGUACGCAUGGAAAUUAAAGACGGAAGAAACAUGCAGCGACAGCAAUCUGGCCGGGCGACACCGGACGACUCCUCCGACAUGGGGAGGGGCGGCCUGGCAGCCAACUCCCUUGACGAUGCCGACAGGCAGCUGGGUAGCUGUCGGAUCCUAUAAUUUGCGCCGGUCGAACAUGGGGGUCCACAUGCUAUCCGACUUGGGAGGCCACCUAGUCGGCUGAUCGCCAGCUUAUUGGGCGACGCCGGGCGACAGAAGAGAUGUGCAGCGGCGGCUCGCCGGACAACCUGAACACCGGAGGGAGGGACGACUCCAUCUGGCCUGGGGGGCGCCUGGCCGCCUGAUCGCCAGCCUCCUGGGUGACGACGGCCGGUAGGGGUGGCCGUCAAUACCUACGAGUUGCGCCAGCCAAACAUACAAGCCCAAACCCGUCGGCCAAAUUUGCUGGACUGCCAGGGCGACGCCGGCCAUCGGUGGACAACACAGGACAGCCGCCUAGCACAGCGGGGGCGACCCAGUGGAGCCGCUGGAAAAGAGACAACGGUCAGUCCGCUCGGCGGGUUUGCUACGGCGCUGGCGGGGCGACACAUGGGAGACGCACGCGGGAAACCAGGAAAGAAAAAAGGAAAGAAAAAAAAGAAAGAAAGGGAAAGCAAAGAAAAGAAAAGAAAGGGAAAGAAAAGAAAAGGAAAGAAAAAAGAAGGAAAGAAAAGAAAAGGAAAGAAAUGAAAAGGAAAGAAAAAAGAAGGAAAGAAAAGAAAAGGAAAGAAAUGAAAAGGAAGGAAUAAUAAAAUAAUGUCCGAAAAUAAUUUUUGGAAUAAUAAUAAUGAAUUUCAGAAAUUCUUGGAAGCUGACCUGGAGUCUGAAGUUUGGGAGAAAGCUGACUGCCGGAAUGCUAGGAUGCUAAGGGAAUUAAUUUGGAGCCUUUUAGAGCUGGGUGCCUUAUUCAAAAUUUGGAAAUCUCCAUAAGUUUUGGGAUUGGCAGAAUCCACAAUUAUGGCUCCCUGGUAUGUGAAUAUCUUUUAAUUGGCAGCUGACUUGAACUACUCCAUCUUAGCCGAGUCUACUACUCGACUAAGGGAGUGGGGGACUCGUGAUGGGGUUAUGGGACUAGGUCCAGAGCCUAAUCGGCCCAGGCCCCGAACUUGGACUAGCAGGCCCAAGCCCAACAACCCAGAGCUCGAGUCGGCCCAACUGAUCAGGCCAAUCAGGGAGCGGAAGCACAGCCAUGAGCCCGCCUUCCAGCCCGGCCAGUGGCCUGUUUUCCAGCCCGGCUAGGAGCCUGCCUUCCAGCCCGGCCAGUGGCCUGCCUUCCAGCCCAGCCAGGAGCCUGCCUUCCAGUCCGGCCAGCGGCCUGCCUUCCAGCCCGGCCAGGAGCCUGCCUUCCAGCCCGGCCAGCGGCCUGCCUUUCAGCCCAGCAGGAAGCCUACCUUCCAGUCCGGCCAGCGGCCUGCCUUCCAGCCUAGCCAGGAACCUGCCUUCCAGCCCAACAGGAAGCCUGCCUUCCAGCCUACUGGGGAGCGUGUCUACUGGCCCAACCGGAAACCUGCCUUUCGGCCUAGCGAGGAGCCUGUCCUCCUACCCGGUGGGGAGCCUGUCCUCCGGCCCAACGGGGAGCCUGCCUUCCAGCCCAGCGGAAGCCUGCUGCCCGAGGAGCUCAAGCGUUUUGUCUGCCAGCCAGGCCAACAUGCCAGUCAUCCAGAAAGAGUAACGACCAACAAUCAAUGCACUAUUAAUUAUGUAUUUAAUUUCGUAUUAAUGUUGUAAUUAAUUUAGUCAUCAUUAUGUUUGGCAGUUACCAUUUGUAGUCGCCUAUAAAAGGCAAUUCGAAUUUCAAAUACAGAUAUGCUAUUCUUGGCAACUAAAUCUCCUAGCUACUUUCCAUUCUCGCUCUUUAUUUCCUAAUUCCUGCUUGAAUGUCGUACGUAGCUUUCCUAAAAGCCUAUGAGCGUCCUAUUUUGGACCAAUAAAUAUGACUAUUCAUUACUACAAUGUGGUAUUGUGGUAACUUAAGUUCAAAACUUGAACAUGAAUUACUAUGAUUUCAUUACUACUCUAGUCAUUAGUCAUAUUUUUGUAAAUCAUCUUUAUUUUAGUCUUAUUUAGGUAAUUAUUUAUUUUCUAUAAGCAAAUAUGUAAUAGUGAAUUGUCAAUGGGAGAAUAAGAAAUUCAUGUGAUGUUAUUAUAAAAUGUUAAUUUGUUGGUUUGUUUGUGGUUCAUGAAGAAUGUGAAUGCCAUAUAUAUGUUAUUGUGUUGCCUCUAAGUGAGAAUAUGUUGUCUGAAAUGGAAUUUGUUGCAUAAAUUUGAAAGAUAUAUGUAUUCUAUUAAUGUAAGUAAUCUGUAAUGGCGUGAAUUGUAAUGACAGUUUUUCUAUAAGCAAAAUAUGUAAUAGUGAAUUGUCAAUGGGAGAAUAAGAAAUUCAUGUGAUGUUGUUAUGAAAUGCUAAUUUGUUGGUUUAUUUGUGGUUCAUGAAGAAUGUGAAUGCCAUAUAUAUGUUAUUGUGUUGCCUC